AUGGGCUGGGCUAUUAUAUAUGGGCGCAUCUGCGACGGCCAACACUUCUCUUCUCACACACACACGAUCACACAUCUCUUCCUCAACCAACAAAAUAGAUCGCGUCCGAACAAAUACAGUGAAGAAAUCCUCCCGUCAAGUCAUCGACAGUACUACUCACGAAUGACCCAUGAUUCACACACCAACAAGAAGAUACUUGAAGAAGUCACAAUCAUCCCAGCAAAGCGUCUUUGUAACAAGAUUGUUGGGUUCUCUACCCAUUUGAUGAAGCGUAUUCAAAAGGGCCCAAUUCGAGGGAUUUCACUGAAGCUUCGAGAGGAAGAGCGAGAGCACCGGUGGUGA